AUGGACAAUUCAACAGAAGAAUUAAUCCACGUCAAAAAAGUAUGGGAUAACAUGAAAGGAAACAGUCCCAUCUACGACUUCCUUCUCGCAGAUGUUGAAAUUGUAUCGGCUACAAAAGGUCUAGUUGUUUCCCGCUUGACUAUGGGAAGCAAUCAUGUCAAUUCUCGAGGUACUAUCCACGGCGCUGUGAGUGCUAGUUUGGUCGACUGGUCUGGGGGUCUUGCUAUUGCUUCUCAUGGACUGGAAAAGUCUGGCGCAAGCAUAGACAUUCACAUUAGUUAUAUUGGAACCGCUCAUGUUGGAGAUGUCUUGAAUAUUGAGGCAACCGCGUCGAAGGUUGGACGAUCAAUUGCUUUUACCACGAUUAAAAUCAGUAAGCUUGUCGAUGGCCAGCCGGGACCCAUGGUAGCGACGGCAUCACAUACAAAAUACUUAAGUACCAAGUAA